AUGUUCGCCUCCCCAGGGGACCAGAGUGACCACAAGCUGGCCCUGAGGAACAUCGCCAGCAUGGUGCGGCCUGGGGGUGUCCUGGUUAUUGACCACCGCAACUACGAUCACAUCCUGGCCACGGGCUGCGCGCCGCCUGGCAAGAACAUCUACUACAAGAGUGACUUGACCAAGGACAUCACCACCUCAGUGCUGCUGGUAAACAACAAGGCACACAUGGUGACCCUGGACUACACAGUGCAGGUCCCCCCCACCGAGGUGGGGGAAGCCCCAGAGCUGAGCAAGUUUCGGCUCUCAUACUACCCACACCGGCUGGAGGCCUUCACGACCCUGCUGAAGGGUGCCUUCCAGGGGAAGUGCCAGCACAGCGUCCUGGGCGACUUCCAGCCCUACACGCCGGGGCAGGCCCACGUCCCUUGCUACUUCAUCCACGUUGUGAAGAAGACAGUCUGAGGGGGCCGCGGAGA